UCCCAAAGUGCUGGGAUUACAGGCAUGAGCCACCGUGCCCAGCCUGGAAUCUAUACUUUUGAAUGUGUUCACUGGGCCAUUUUUAAGUAAAGUUUGGGGGCUGCUGUAUUAAAUUACCAAGACUCCUAAGACAAAAGCACCAUUCCUCAUCCUGUGCAGGCCAAGACCCUCCUGGCAAGGUGGUCGAACUGGGAAGGGUGAGGGGGCGGCCCCAUUUGUUUCAAGGCUCUGACUUUUCCUGGGAAUCCACAUCUUCCCAGCCCCACUGCUGUCUCAUCCCUGUUCUAGCUUCUUGGUCUGGGGCCUUUCUUGCCCCGUUGGCCUGGCUUUCAUUCCCCUCGAUUUUGCUGCUUUGAGGACCAAAAUCUAUGCUUUUAGUAUUGCUACUUUGCCCUUAAGAUCUGACAAUGUUUUUGGGCUUGAUCCCCCUCUUGCUAAUGCUGGAGGUUGUACAGGGUCCAUGGGAAGGAAGAGGGUGCCUCAGACAGAUCCCGAAGCUGUUGAUGUCAGCUUCUCCGCCACCAGCAUGUCUGAAACUGGGUCAGCAAAAUCCCCAGGCUGCUACUGCUGCUAUGGGGAAGUUGGUGGAUGGAUGGGUUGGUGAGGUGUGAGAGGGUCUCCAGGAAGUCCCUGGCGACUUGAGUCUCACAUUUCAGAUUUCAUCCUAACAGCGGUGCCCUGCUGCCUCCCCUCCCUACUCCACGCCUCCAUGUGGAGCCCUGGCCAGCAACUUUCCAUUGCAGGAAACAUCUGCUGGGGAGGCCAGGCUCAGCUGGGGGUUACUGGAGGACGUUGGCCGGGACCAUCACCCAGAUCCUGUAACUUGAAGCAUGUAUAGGGCCCUGCUCUGCCCGCCCACCCGCUCUGCCUCCCUCCUUCCCUCCCUCUCUGCCACGGGUGACUCUAACAAAGAAGCUGUUUGCUGGUCAGGCGAGCAGAGCAGGGGCUGAGGAAGGGAGUGUGUGUUGGGCUGGAGGUGAGAGCAGGCCCUGUUGCUGCAGCCAGUGGUGGCUGCUCUGCCUGGGUGAGGGCUGUGAGUCAUAGCCCAGUGCCCGCCCAGGGUAGAGGUUGAUUAAACGUGCCACUCUAUGAGACAGACCAGGACUGGGGAGCUGCGCAUUUGGUUCCUUUACUGGAGUUUCAGACCAACUAUGAGUCACGCUGCUGCGUGUGAGUGAUUGGCGGGGCUAGACCCUGGACCCGGCUGUGGAUCAUCGCUGUCCUGCAGAGUCUGCUUGUCUACCCAGGGGCCUGCCUCCCAGACCUCCAGCUGGCCCUGGGCACCUGCUGUGCCAUCUGCAUCCUCUGGACCCUUGGGUGACUGUCUGCACUGACCAGGGGGAGGUGCAUGACCACACCACCUCUGGGCUACUCUCCGCCCGUGGACCAGCCAAGAAGGACAAAGCAGAGCUCGCCAUGGGAGACUGGCCAGUCAGCUUGCCCUGAGAACCGCACCGACCACCUCCUCUCACUUGUGAGGCUUCACGCUGGGCACGUAGCUCUAGGAGCAGAAAGGACACCUGUCAGAGUCACACAGGCCCUCUGCCAAGAAACCAGAGGCCACCCAUCCACAGUCAAGCCAGGGGAGACCAACUGUUUUCAUCGUGUGGGGACAGUCGGGAGUCAGUGCUGAGGGAGCCAGGCAUCGUUGGGAGGGGCAGCCGUGCUGGGCAAUGGAAUCGCUGACGGAGUCGGGGGUCCUCUGGAGUCUCCUGCUGGAGCAGGAGAGCCAGCUGCUGCAGUGGUACCUGAAGCAGCUUGGCCAUGCACCUGCUGCCGCCGAACACCAUUGCUGGCACGGAUCUGAGGAAAUCCCAGCUGUGUUAAGCCCCACCUACAAGCAGAGAAAUGAAGACUUCAGAAAGCUCUUUAAGCAGCUUCCAGACACGGAGCGCCUCAUUGUUGAUUACUCAUGUGCACUCCAAAGAGACAUUCUCCUUCAGGGCCGACUCUACCUCUCUGAAAAUUGGAUCUGCUUCUACAGCAACAUCUUCCGCUGGGAAACUCUGCUGACAGUCCGUUUGAAAGACAUCUGUUCCAUGACUAAAGAAAAAACAGCUCGCCUCAUUCCCAAUGCCAUCCAAGUUUGCACUGAUUCAGAAAAGCACUUCUUCACUUCGUUUGGGGCCCGGGAUAGGACGUAUAUGAUGAUGUUCCGGCUCUGGCAAAAUGCUCUCCUUGAAAAGCCUCUGUGUCCCAAGGAGCUCUGGCACUUUGUUCACCAGUGCUAUGGGAACGAACUGGGCCUGACCAGUGAUGACGAGGACUACGUGCCCCCUGAUGACGACUUCAACACGAUGGGAUACUGUGAAGAGAUCCCUGUGGAAGAGAAUGAAGUGAAUGACAGCUCAUCCAAGAGCAGCAUAGAGACCAAGCCAGAUGCCAGUCCACAGCUGCCCAAGAAAUCCAUCACCAACAGCACACUGACAUCCACAGGGAGCAGUGAGGCCCCCGUCUCGUUUGAUGGGCUGCCCCUGGAGGAGGAGGCGCUGGAGGGAGACGGGUCCCUGGAGAAGGAGCUCGCCAUUGACAACAUCAUGGGGGAGAAGAUUGAGAUGAUCGCUCCUGUGAACUCCCCUUCACUGGACUUCAAUGACAAUGAGGACAUCCCCACUGAGCUCAGUGACUCUUCCGACACACACGAUGAAGGGGAGGUCCAGGCCUUCUAUGAGGACCUGAGUGGCCGGCAGUACGUGAAUGAAGUCUUCAACUUCAGCGUGGACAAGCUCUAUGACCUUCUCUUCACCAACUCACCCUUCCAGCGGGACUUCAUGGAGCAGCGGCGCUUCUCUGAUAUCAUCUUCCAUCCAUGGAAAAAGGAGGAGAACGGAAACCAGAGCCGAGUGAUUCUUUACACCAUCACCCUUACCAACCCUCUGGCUCCCAAAACCGCCACUGUCAGGGAGACACAGACCAUGUACAAGGCGAGCCAGGAGAGUGAAUGUUACGUGAUAGAUGCCGAAGUCCUCACCCACGACGUGCCCUACCAUGACUACUUCUACACAAUCAACCGCUACACGCUCACCCGCGUGGCUCGCAACAAGAGCCGACUCAGGGUCUCCACAGAGCUGCGCUAUCGAAAACAGCCCUGGGGGUUAGUGAAAACCUUCAUCGAGAAGAACUUCUGGAGUGGGCUGGAGGACUACUUCCGCCAUUUAGAGAGCGAGCUGGCCAAAACGGAGAGCACCUAUUUGGCUGAGAUGCACAGACAAUCUCCCAAAGAGAAGGCCAGCAAGACUACGACGGUGCGGAGGAGGAAGCGUCCCCAUGCCCACCUGCGAGUCCCUCACCUGGAAGAGGUGAUGAGCCCGGUCACCACGCCCACAGAUGAGGAUGUGGGCCACAGGAUCAAACAUGUGGCAGGUUCCACGCAGACGCGGCAUAUCCCCGAGGACACCCCCAAUGGUUUCCACCUGCAGAGCGUGUCCAAGCUGCUGCUGGUUAUCAGCUGUGUGAUCUGUUUCAGUCUGGUGCUGCUGGUCAUCCUUAACAUGAUGCUCUUCUACAAACUCUGGAUGUUGGAAUACACCACGCAGACCCUCACUGCUUGGCAGGGUCUAAGGCUCCAAGAAAGGUUACCCCAGUCUCAGACAGAAUGGGCCCAGCUCUUAGAGUCCCAACAAAAGUACCACGAUACUGAGCUCCAAAAAUGGAGGGAGAUCAUCAAAUCCUCAGUGAUGCUCCUUGACCAGGCCUGGGGUGGGGUUUUCUGUCUUGCAGAUGAAGGACUCGCUCAUCAACCUUCAGAAUGGCAUCAGGUCCCGCGACUACACGUCGGAAAGUGAAGAAAAGAGGAAUCGCUAUCAUUGACAAGGCAGGAACAGGGUGGCUGCAAGAGGCCUGUGCAAUACAUGUACAUAGACCAUAUAAAUAUAUAUAUAAAUAUAUAUAUAUACAGAAUAUAAAUAUAUAUAUUAUAUACAGAUUUUAAAAAAGAGAUAAUGCCUAUGUACCAGGGAGAAGGAGCGGGCCCUCCCGCUCCCUGUGCUGGCCGGAGCAGCGUUUUCCUGAGGUGGAGCAGCUGAGGAGGGCAGGAACCGCCUCUCAGCACUGACCACCCCUGAUCUCCCUCCUCCCACCCUCUGUUCCCCACCCCUUCCCUUGCUGGCCAUUCUUGGCUCUUAGAAGGGAAAUGUUGAGCCAAAGUUAUGCCUGUGAAGACCCUAGGGUCUCAAAAAGAAGUCUCAAGACGGCAUUGCUUAAGGUGCUUCGUUCCCUGAUCCCCUUUUGAUUUGUUUCCAAAAUAAAAGAGAAUCUUUUCUUCCCUACCCCAGGCUUCCCCAGGCAUUCUCUUGGGAACACAGAAACAUCAAGGGAGCCCAGUCUAAACUCUUAGGGUUGGCCGCCCACUUGAUCCGGACCGUACUGAGCCUCAGAUGGAGAGGAUGCUUGGAAAGCUAGGAAGGCUGCAUUGGGGGGUGGCAGGCUCCCAAGACCCGUGUUCUGAAGGAUACUCUCCUCCAUCACCCCUGCACCGUCCUCCGACCUAUGUAGGGUGUGGACGCAGUAAGGGCUGGGAAUUUCUUACUUUCCCACCCACUUUCUCUCUGGUCUUCUCCCAGGCUGGAUCUGGGCGAAGUGUCACUUUUUAGUGCCUAAAGUCCUAUUGUUUUCUGUGCCCUAAGAGCACAUUGUUUAUUAGCCAGGGUGGAGCAUUUUUGACCUUAUUAAACCUCUUUUAGUGCUUCUAAGCAAGUCAGGUCUGUGGCUCUGAGGCGUUCACUUGGAGCUGUCAGUGUGAUUUCCAGGAUAAGUCAGGGUGUGCUGGGCCCUCCAGGAUUUGAGAGAGGAAGAGAAGGCCCUCGCUACGUCCGGGGUGCAGGGUUUACCCACAGAACACCGUGAGUGGUGAGCAACAAGAUGGGUUGCCAGCGUCAUUUGCUCUUGGAAUGAACCAGCAUUCGCCAAUGGAGACAACUGUCUGAGAUAGCUUGCACAUGGAAAAAGCAUCUAAGCCAUUGGAGGGAAGGAACUGGCAAAGGUGCAUGUGUUUGGGCAGGAAAAGGCCAAGUGAAAUCUAUGCCCCAAGGGAGUCAUUCCAAAUCCUGAGUUUCUCAGACUUGGGAAUGGGGGCUCUGGCAGGGGGUGGAGUACAAAUCCUGCUCUGGUCUCUGGCCCCACAGAGGUGUAAGAUCAUUAAGGAGUAGAAGGCACUGGCUUCAAAGAGUGAGACAUUCAGGGCCUUUUCAGCGUUGGCCCACUAGCACCAUGCAUUUGUCUGAAUUCACGGGGCCCUCUGGGCACAUUCAUCAUCCCUCAUAUACUAACUACUAUUUCUUCAUGUAAUGAUCAAAAGAGUCCCACCAGCUCCAGGCAGAGCUUGUGGAGAUUCAUGAAAGAGUCACAGCCCAUUGGGCAUGCAGAGCUCUUCAGUCUUGCUUGUUCUUCUCCUGGGCUUCUUGAUGCAGGGGCAGAAGGAACUCCAGAUGUCCCAGAACAUCAGCCCAAAAGACAGAAGAUUUUAUCACUCAUCUACCCCACAAAGUUGUAUUUUUCUUUUAGAAUGGCCUUUAAUUCCCUGUGGCAAUUACAGUUUCUGACUUUUCCAUGUGAAGAUAAGGCCUUGGUAUUUCCCUAAGGGCAGGAUCCUCCAAGGGAGGAGGGUGAGGAGGCUCCAAGUCAUCAGCCAGAGCAGGUAUUCCUCCCCUAGAAGAGGAGAUGGGAGGAAAUGCAGUUUCGUGUAAUCCCUGUGAAGAGUGCCUACGCGCACAGCCCAGUGUGUCCUUGUUCAGUUCUUGUCUAGGACUUUGGGUAAGGGACACUGGUAGGGAUCAAGGCUCAUGGGCUCUGAGCCAAAGAAGGAGGCAUGGUGCAGACUGCUGGAAAUCUCCCCCUUGGCACAGUCAGAAGCCAAAACUAUUCCCAGAAAGUUUUGAAUGCAAAAAUUGGAGAUUCCCGAAUUUAUUCCAUACAUAAUUAUUUACUUAAGUUAUUUAAUUAUGAAAGGUGCCAUGGUGGAACCUGUGGGAUGACUUUAAAAGGAUUCUUUGUUUGGAGUCAAGUGACAGAGCAGACCUGGCAGCAGGGAGUUGUUCUGCUUCUGCUUUACCUCUCAGGACCAUUCCCAGCAGGAGAAGGUGGCAGGGAGGGCAGUACUGAGUAUGUCAGAAGAACCCUCCUGGUUUUUUAGUGAUUUGAACCCAGUAGACAAUGUGUGCACAUAGGGAAUGCCCUUUAAGAAUUGUGGGUCUCUUGUAGGCUCUCUCUGUUCCAAUAAUUUUUUGACUAUCAUACCAGGAGAAAACCAACAACUCGAUUCAUUCCCAAACAAAAUCUCUUCCCCCUUGGUUAAUAGCUUGUGAAAGAGAUCUUAACUCACCCUUGCAGAUAAGUCUGGGAGUGAAACAAAUAAAUAGCAUUGUAUUCCUGGCCAUUAGCCUGGCUAGUUGCUGUCUACAAGGGAGCAUCAAAAAAUCACUACUUACGUAACUUCUUCCAGCCAGUGCUUUUUGUGUUUGUUUUUGUUUACUAGGGACACACAGGAGUCUUUCUGUAAUGACUUAUGUGGUACAAUGUUUGAGAGUUUGCACUCAGUUUUAAAGAAUUUGCAGUUUCUAACGAGGUGAAGAACUACUAUAGGAUCUAAAGUUCCAUUACAGCUUACUGUGAAAGCAUUGACAAGACUGGCCUCAGACAAGCUAAUCAUGGGUGUGACUCUCUCCCUUCCCCAUCCACCUCUUUGGGGACAAGAGGAUUACAUCUCAGGCCAGCAAGAUCAGCUGCUUGAAGCUCUGUAUAAGAGCACUGCACUAAUGGUUUGGAGACCUGGGCCUGGGUCCUGAUUUUUCCACUGACUAAGCUCUGUGGCCUUGGACAAGUCAUUCCGUCUCUGAGCUUCAGUAUCCUCCUGUCACAGGAGGGAGUGGGGCUAGAUCAUCUUUAAGGUAGGUUCUAGCUUUGACAUCAUCUUGGGGGUUAGGCCAGAGGCUGAGAAGACUGAGUGGAAUUUCUCAGUUACUCUGCCAGGAGGGAACAAGCCCAGAGGCUGAAGCUUCCCAGUAUUUAAAAGCGUGGUAGGGCAGUGUCUGCAUUCCCAGGAGACCCAGAGUGGUUAAAAUAUAUUCUUUAGGUGGCUCGGAGGGCUGGGGACGCCCAGUAGAGGGGGGAGAGGGAGGGAAGGAGAGAGAGAGAGAGAGAGAGAGAGAGAGAGAGAGAGAGAUCGAGCGAGCUUGAUGUAUUGCUCAGUAUUCACCUAGAAGAGUUUCUUCCUUCUUUGGCCUAGUUUGUGGAGGGAUCUUCCUUUGGACUUUCUCUGAGUUGGGAGAAGAACAUUCUUUUCAAUGGAGCUCAUCUUCUAUCUCUAGGCUCUGUGAAGCCUUUCAUCUGUCUGUCCUUCCUCCUUACUGGUAGAAGAAACAGUGGAGAGAAACCACUUCUGGUCCUAGCACUUCUCUUUGGUCUAGAUAGGGUUUGGAUUUAGUAUGAAGCUUUGGCUAAAACUCUUGGGUUUGCCUUAGAGCACUGACACUAAGAACCUACACUGACAUGGCGAGGACCAAGAGAGCUCAAGAGGAGUGCUUUGUGAGAAGUGGAUUCUCUCCGUGUCCCUGUCCCCACCCAAACUUGAACUAUACCUAUUACAUUUCCAGGCAGCAUCCCUAGGAUGAGGUCCUGGAGAAGGGACUAGGGGAAGUAUCUUUCUGGAUGCUUGUGGUCCCAGGAGGGUACUUUCUGUGCCAUACCGUGUCGCUUCUUUAAGCUCUGCAGGGCAGCCAAAGCCAGCCCUUUUCUCCUACUGGCCCCAGGAGAAAUAGCACUCUUCUCCCUCCCCCAGAUGGCAGGGCUCUGGUCUCCCUACACCUCAUACCCUGCCUGCCUCCUCCAGGAGGAAACUCCAGGGCCCCUUCCUGACUCUCCCCACCCUCACCACUUGUCUCUAGGCUAUGGGACAAUCAUCCCAUUCACCACUUCACAUCCUUGACUUUCAUUCCCCCAGCCUCCAGCAGGUUGGCCCCAAUCCCCUUCACCUCUGUGUUUUCUUCCAGAAGAUGCAUUUUGGGUCUGAGAGGAGCAUUUUCCUGGAAGGCCAUCUUUUAAGACCCCUGCUUGCUGUCAUAGUGCAGAGCAGGAAUUUGCACACUGUUUAGAGAGCUCCCUUCCCACCGCUCUGCCCAGCCUUGUUACCUCACUUCUGCUCUGGCCAUGGUUGUGAAGGGCCCAGCCAGCUCCCUGUUUUGAUGUUCUGUGCAACAGCUCUGGGGUCUUGUGACUGGAGAUCCUCAGCAGGCCCUGGAGCCCGGACUGGAGUCUUGGCAGCUGAUGAGCAGCACCUUGCCGGCCAGGAGGAGCUGAUGCUGGACGAUCUCCCCAACAUUUGAAGGCUUAAAGAACAUUGUCAUUCUUCAGCCCUCCUUGCUUCUCUCAAUACAAUAAGACAUUGCAGAAGCAAAAGGGUGGCUUCUGCUCCAGGCAAGGCAGCUGACUGUCUGGGGCAUUGGCCUGGGGCUUGGGUGCCACGUGCUGAGAUUGCAUAGUCAAAGCAGCCAUUUUUGCCAACAAUAGCUUGUGGCUCCCCACAUUUUCCUACCCUGCACUUAAAGGCCAGACCACUCUCUGCAUGGACCAGACCAUCUUCCCAAACCCAUGGUGCUUUUUCCCCAACUCAACCUAGACUCCAAGGUGGGGAGGGAUGGGUCAGAGGCCAUAGUGGCCCCUGGAUAAUCCUGACAUGAGGUGGAGUGGGGUGAGGCAGAGGGAGCAGCCCCAACACCUGCACUGGGCCAUCUAUGGGAAAGAACACGGGUCGAGUGCAGUCGAGUUGUCUGGCCGUCUGUAUUUGGAUCUAUAACUGUACUUUGCCUGGCGCUGUGCGCAAGGUCGGAACACUUACUGCUAGUACCUAGAAACACACAAGGCUGCCCAGCCAAAUCUUAAUGUAAAGUAGCUAGAGCCAUGGAAGUACAGUAUGAAUUAAAAAGAAAAAAGUAUUGAACUACAAUAA